GUCGUCGGCACCGAGGAGCCCGCGGUUCUCAGAUGUCGGCGGAGUGGUGCUGUCCCUGGAAACUCACAGGUUAACAGCUAAGGCAGACGAACUCAGGGUGUGGAUUCACUCUGGGGACUGAGAUAUCAUAACCAUAUCAGAAACAUGGCUGAAGGAAGCGCAAGACUGGCAGCUCAAUGUUCCAGGAUACUGAUGCUACAGGUGUUUAAGAGGUGCAGUAACUAAAGCCGUCCGGUGGAAAGAAGGCGACCCAGGAAAGCGCUCGACUCUGCUGUGUGACCCGGCGAAGAGAAAGUUUCCGCAGACUUGCCCACGGGCUGGAGAUCAUGGCCAACAUCACGGAUCCCGAAGUGGAUGAGGAUCAGUAUGAAGAUGCAUAUGAAAACAUUCCAGUGGCAUCCCAAAUGGAUUUGAAGAGUGCCCUGGAUGAAUGCAACAUUGCACUGAAUUUAUUUUUAAACAACAAAUUUUCUGAAGCCUUGGAUUUGUUGCGCCCUUGGUCCAAAGACAGCAUGUACCAUGCUCUAGGUUACAGCACCAUGCAUGCCAUGCAGGCAGCCAUGACAUUUGAACAGAAUGAUAUUCUUGCAGCCAUUGGAACAAUGAAGGAAGCUUUACAGACCUGUCAGAAAUUUCGGAAGAAAAAUUCUGUUGUGGAGUCGUUAUCGCACUUAAUUUCAAAACAAGGGGCUGACCAACUGACAGAAGAGGAGAUGCAUGCAGAGAUGUGCUACGCUGAAUGUCUACUUCAGAAGGCAGCUCUGACAUUAGUACAGGAUGAAAAUAUGAUUAACUUUAUUAAAGGAGGAAUCAAAAUCCGAACAAGUUACAACAUUUACAGGGAAUGCCAACAGAUUGUACAGAUGACACAGGAUCGAGUCAAGACUGAUGUCUAUUGCCAGUUUGAAGGUGGUGUCAAAUUAGGGAUUGGAGCUUUUAACCUGAUGCUAUCUUUGCUACCCUUGAGAAUUCUUCGACUACUUGAAUUUAUCGGAUUUUCGGGUAAUCGGGAUCUGGGAUUAGCUAUGCUGCGAGAAGGUGCUGCUACUCAUAGUUUGAGAGCAAUACUGUGUGCCUUGACUCUCUUGAUGUACCAAACUUACAUCACCGUAGUCCUCGGUGGAGGUGAAGGCAACCUCCAAGAAGCCGAAGCACUCCUUGAACCCUACCUCAAGAAGUAUCCCAAUGGAUCCAUUAUAAUAUUUUAUGCAGCCAGAAUUUGCAUACUCAAGGGUAGCUUUGAAAUGGCUCAGGUGAAGUUUGAGGAAUGUAUUGCAGCUCAGGAAGAGUGGAGGCAGAUUCAUCACCUGUGUUACUGGGAGCUAAUGUGGAGUAACUCGUUUCAGCAACAGUGGCUGGAGGCAUAUCGGUAUGCAGACCUCCUGUGCAAAGAAAGUCGAUGGUCACAAGCAAUCUAUACAUUUCAGAAGGCUGCAAUUCUCAGCAUGCUGCCUGAGCAAGAAGUUAAAAAAUUGAACGAGAAUGUGGAAGCACUAUUCAGACGAGUUGAAAGCCUGAAGCAACGAUUUGCUGGGAAAUCUAUUCCCACAGAGAAGUUUGCAGUAAGAAAAGCCAGGCGAUACCUGUCUCCAACACCUGUCAAACUGGUCCUGCCUCCCCUGGAAAUGAUGUAUAUUUGGAAUGGAUUUUCAAUACUGGGCAAGCGAGCAGAUCUGACUGAGAACAUGCUGGUUACAAUUGAAAAGGCAGAAAUAGAGUUACAAAAGCACCCAAAGCCUGCUGAAUACCAAGUGGAUGAUGAGAGUCUUGUACAGCUUCUAAAAGGGCUAUGCCUGAAACACUUAGGCCGUUCUUUACAAGCUGAACUUUGCUUCAAUCAAGUGAUACAGAAUGAGAAGAGGAUAAGAUAUGACCAUUAUUUGGUGCCAUAUGCUCAUUAUGAAAUGGGAAUGUUAUACAAAGGACAAGGACAGUGGGAGAAAGCGAAAAACUCCAUUGAAACAGCAAAGAAUAACUACAAGGACUAUUCCAUGGAAUCUAGGUUACAUUUUAGGAUCCAUGCUGCAAUGAACAGCUUAAAUACCUCAUUCCUUGAUCAUCCCUGAAGUAUGUUGCAAUAAAUAAGUGCUCUGUACAGGUUGGAGUGAUAUGCAAAUCACAGAAUAGAGCAAAAUAAUGAUGACAUUAUUUGAUGUGCUGGAAGUACUAUGAAUAUAAUAAUGUGUUUCCUUAAUUCUUGUCUUACAAAUUAUCCAAGCAUUUUUAUACAAUGCUGUAAAGUGUGUUUAAUUCUAAAUGUUAUUGAUUAAAAAUAAAAGAUAAAGAUUUGUUCUUUUUCAAAAGAAACGUAAAAUUUGUUUUUACUUGAACGCAGCUAGGACAAUUGCUGGUGCAAUAAAUGUAGUUAGUUUAGGCAGUUUAUAUUUAUUUUUAAUUUCUUCCAAUAAAAGGAAAGCUUACAACCUGAAUGAAUGAAUAGCCUCACAAAUGUUUUACAUUCAAAAUAAAAAAAGGAAAUCUGGAAGUAUGCAACUGAAAAAAUAUUAAUGUUUUGACCAUGGAAGAAUUUUAGCUGUAAUUGAGUGUUAGAAUCACAGUAAGUAUGUUUGUUCAGUGCUUGCCACUUAUUAUGGACUCAUCUAUUCAUGCCUAUUCCAGGUAGGCAUCAUUACCUGAAACACAAUAACAAACAAGCAAAAAUGGGGUUGUUGCUAACACACUCUGGCAAACCAUCCCUCAAAACUCAACAAUUCGUCCUUAUUUGCUCAGCAGGUUGCACAGAAAGAAUAUUUUGGCUCUGGAACAAUAAUCAUUAAGAAUUUUGGGCCUUAACAUUUAAACUGCAUGCACAUUAAUAGAUACACAAGGCUCUUUGUGAUACAGCACAUCCCAAAGAAACCAGAGCUUUGAAUUCUCCUCCAGUGAACAGCAUCAAAACACAGGAAAAAAAAUCACAGACAUGAAAUGAAUACAAUAGCUGAUAGAUAUGGUUGGCACCAGAAUUAUUUGUAUAAUAGAGCAACUGACAAAAUAGUUAGUGCACUCUGUUCAGAUUUUUAUUAAGUUUUCCUGCCUUUACAACCUGUAUCCUAAAUAAGUGGCAUACACUAUAUUUUCCUUGUAUGUACCAGUGUAUUUUCUUGUACAUCUUUGCACAUUCUUUAAUAAUUGUGUGCAGCUAGAGACAAUGAUUUUGUAAGAACUUUGGUUGUUUUUGCUGAUGACCUGCUUUCAUCUUAUCAAAAUUAGAUUAAAUCUUCUUAUUGAGAGUUGUGUUCAAUUUUUCUAUAGAUGCCAAGCAUUAAGGCUUAAAUAUUCUGCUAUCAUUUUGUUUUCACUUUUGAGCCUUAUUUUAAACAAUAGGUUCAUCUUUGUUUUCAAUCUCAUGAAUUGUAUAUGUUCUGUAUCUGUUCUUUAAAAAAAAUGAUUAGAAUUCUGUUUGUAUUGGAUUUUCUAACACUGAAUUCUUAUAAACCAAAAUUCAUAAAAAGACAACAAAAUGAGCAGUUACAGAUUGUCAUGAUUCAUAUGGUACUGAAGAUAAAGUAGGUUGAUUCUGACCUAUUUGUAUAGCAUUGCUAUGAAAUGAGUACUCUUAUUUAUUUCCAUUUUGUUGAUACAUGAAUUAUCAAUAAUAAUGAACAGUGGACAACAAAAAAAAACAUAUUCUAUUCAUUCUAUGCACAUUCAAACAUUAUUAAAAUGGUUCACACCUGAGAGCUGAUACGCACUUGGCCCACUCCCAAAAUGACAAAUAAUCUCUAUUGCAAAUCAACUGCAACUAAUGAGGACAGAUUACCAACUCUUUUCGUGGUGCAGAGUUUGAGCACAGCACACAUAUUAUAAUGAGCAUACUAUUUGGUAGUAGGGCCAGCUGUACAAACAGAAUUCCAAUCAGUUUUAUAGAAGAAGUCAGAUACAGAAUUCAUAUAAUUCAUAAGCACAGAAACACUUUUGGAAAAAAAACAGAAGACUUGAGAGUAAAACACAGAUAGUGGAUAAAAAUGGCAAGCAAAAUGAAACAGUAAUUUCUGUAGGCUUUUAAAUUUAUUGAUGGAGUCAAUAUGAAGUCUAUAUCUAGUGGAUUCCAUUAGUGCUCUGGUUUCUUCCCACAUUGCAAAGACGUACGGGUAGGUUAAUUUGGGUUUAAAAUGGGCGGCGCGGACUCAUUGGGCCGGAAGGGCCUGUUACCAUGCUGUAAAUAAAAUUUGAAAAAAAGGAAAUACUUUUAUAAUCAAAUGGCACUAUGUGAACAUCAAUGGGGAAAUGAUGCUUAUCACAAAGCUGGGAUUUACUGAACAAUUGAGUUUUAACAUUGUAUAAUUUCCCUUAUUUGUGAUCUCUUAUAAAGAGAAUAUAGGAAUAAAAAUCUACAGGAACAUGUUGGUAUAAUCACUGGCAACUUAGCACAAAUCUUCUGUAUGUUUUGCAGCUCAGGUAGCGAUUUACUAUAAUAUUAAACUGUGCAUAAUUUAUUAUUGAUAUUUAAUCUAUGUGUUAAUGUAGAACUUGUAACUCGAAUAACAUGUUGGGUUUGUUGAAAUGCAGUUCUCUGAGGAUAAUUCUGAUCAAAGCCAAAAGGACUGUGUUAGAUGAUUGAUCUCUCCCAAAGCUUAACUUUGCAUGUUUUACACCCUCCCAUCUGUGUUAGAAGGACUGUUGUAUUCUAUGUAAAUAGGUGGCAAACUGCAAACCAGACAUUGUUUUGUUUCAAAUUUCUGUUAUAUGUAGUGUGAUAGUUAUUUCCUGGUUUUAUGCACCUUAUACCUCAAAAAUCUGGACCUGAGAAAGAAUAGUUUUGGAACUCUGUGUUUAAAUAAUUUCAAAUAUUUAGAUGACAGUAUAGUUUCAAUGAAUUAUUUUUAUGUUCUAGUAUUUGAAUAUUGUGUUUCACUUAUAUAGUUGCUGUCCCGCACUGGAAAAUGAGGCUAGAAGGGAAAUGGAAUCAGCUGUAGGACACUCAUUGAACAUAGAAUAUGAAACAGCACAACAGAGGAACUGGCCUUUCGGCCCAUCAUGUCUGCACCAACCACGAUGCCGAACUAAACUAAUCCGACCUGCCUGCACAUGGUUCGUAUCCCUUUAUUCCCUACCUAUUCAUGUAUGUGUCCAAAUGCCUCUUAAAUAUUGCUAUUGUAUUUGAAUUUCUACCUUGGGGAAAAUGUCUCUGAUCGUAUACUUCUACCAGGUCGCCCCUCAGCCUCCUACGCUCCAGAAAAAGCAAUCUAAUUUUGUCCAAUUUCUCCUUAUAGCUCACACACGCCAACCCAGACAACAUCCUGUUGAACCUCUUCUACACCCUCUCCAAAGUAUUCUCAUCCUUCCUGUAUUGUGGCAACUAGAAUGGCAAAUGUGGCCUAACCAAAGUUUUAUAUAGCUAUAACAUGACUUUCCAACGUUUAUAUUCAAUGCCCCAACCAAUGAAGGCAAGCAUGCCAUACACCUUCCUUACCACUCUAUGUAUUUAUAUUGCCACUUCCAGGUUGACACUCUUCCCAACUGUCUUUUAUAGUGUUGGGUAGUAUAGGAUAGUAUUGGGAAGGUUUGAUUAUGGGUGUUCCAUUUCCCCAGAUAAUUAACUAUUUAUUAGGUGAAUAUCUGAACCUGUACAGAUAAACUGGAUAUUCAAGCUUAUGAGUGAUCUCUUGAUCCCCUAAGGGGGAAAGUUUAAAGGAGAUUUUUUUUACACAGUGCCUGGAAUGGGCUGCCAGGGGUAGUAGUGAAAGCAGAUACGAUAGUGCCAUUUAAGAGGCUGUUAGAUACACACGUGAAUAUGGAUGGAUAUGCAUCAUGUACAGGCCAAACAAAUUUAGUUUAAUUCAGCAUCAUGUUCGGCGCGGACAUUGUGAGCUAAAGGGCCUGUUCCUGUGGUGAACUGUUCUAUGUGGUAUUCGGUCAGCUGGUCUGUCACAAAGGCAACCCUGCACCUGGGAGAGAAAAAAAUGGCAUUUGUCCUUGCAUUUGAUCUCUAUCUCCAGUGACACCUGCUGAAUGUGCACAGGUGUGUUUGCUGAGUGGGAGUUGGGCCUGAGUGUUGAGCUAUUGUGAUUGGAUUCCUCUCCUGACAGUCUGAUGGUCUCUGCUCAGAUUACUAUAACUAUACUGUGUCCUUGGAUGAAAGAUGGAAAUAGAGAUAGAAAUAGAAAAAGUAAAAUGGUUUUGAUUUAAUUAAAUAUAAAAUCAAUGCAGCAAGUUUUAGUUCAGUUCCUUGAAUAUUUCCAAGUAAUUUUGUGCUCCUCACACUGUUCCCCCUUCCCAACAACCACAAGAACGUUUCUAUAGUUAAUCUCCUGCUAUAAGUGAGCAGCCCUUUUGAAAAGAUCAAUACUUGUCAAUUUGUGUCUUUAAUGUUUUCUUUUCAAAGGCACAGUGUUUAAACAAAUCUGUAUGACCUACAACAUGUAUAAUCUUUGCUAAGCUGUGUGCAUUGAGUUCCAACUCUGCACUGGAAUCUGAAAAUCAAAGUUACUUUGCCUGCUUUGGGGUGGUCUACGAUUUACUUCAACUUGUGUGUUUCCAUUUUCUUUUAAUUUAUAUAGCUGAGUUUAAACAAACAGGCCUUUUUUUGAAUCCUUUGACAGCUCUUUUUCAUUUCCCUUUUCUCACAAUCACCAUGAAUGAUGAGUCCAUUAAUAAGAGUUCCAGUCAAGAUCUCAGUACAGACCACAGUUUGAGACGUGGCUUUUGGCAGUAAGAGAAUUGCUAUGAUAGUCAUCCCAAAAAUCACUGAAGAUGUAUGGCGAAGGAAGUUUUACCCUGCCUCUCAUUCCUAACCUCAUUUCCCAUCACUUCUCUUUCACUCUCUCCCCUUCAUGACUGUAUUCAGUAUCAUGGCAUCUUUCAUAGUGUAUUUCAAAUUUGUGAAUUACUUCCUUUGACUAAUCUCUGAUUUUGUUAGUUCCUUAAUUUCUGGCUAUAACGAUGACACUUCCUAAUUGUAAGCAUUCCAGUAAUACAAUUUCUAUUUGCUUUUUCUUCCCCCAGAAUUCUAAUUAGGGUUGAAUUGCCCGUUCAUGUCUUAAGGCUUUACCUGGGUGUCUCUCCUAAAUUUUAUAUAAUUUGAUUAUGUCAAAUUACCUACUGAGGAUACAGGCCAAAUACUGGCAAUUGGAGACUAACUUGGAUGGGGCAUCUUGGUCGGCAUGUACCAGUUGGGCUGUAGGGCCUGCUUCCAUGCUGUAUUGUCAAGAAUUUUUGUUUGCCCAAACAGACAUUUCACUGUUGCCAUACUGUUCUACAUGAAUUGAAAGCUUAACUAAUCUUUUAUAUACCAUUUGAAGAGCAUAUAAUCCAGGGGUGAUUGUAAACUAUAUUAUUGAGACAAAAGAAGAUCCUAACAGAAAUGUACCAUUUUGAUUACGUACAUCCAGAUUUUACUGUUGAAAUGAUGGUGAAACUAUCAGCAUUUACAUCAUAACAUUGUGAAAUUGACAAUAACUUGUAGAGUAAAUGCAUAUGUAGUUUAUCACAGCAAUCUGGAAAUUCAGUGAUUGCCUCCUCUUCCCAGUUAGUCUUCCUGAUGAUCUGAUGAGAACUUCAGUUAUUUAAAAUACUCUGAAAACAUUACGCUUCUUGCAUUAUGUUCAAAUGAGUUGUUAAGGGUGUACUUUGUCACAAUUACAUUUUAGUUGGAUUGUUGGGGUCUGAUAUGUUACCAAGUGUAAUUACUCUAGAUAAAGAUUUCAAAAUACAUUGGAUUUUAAAAUAUUUGGACUGUCUCUUUUUGAAUGGUAGCAGGCUAUUGAUUACAUUCAAUCCUAGUUUUCUGUUAACUUGGAAGUACUCUCUCAUGAGGAAUUCUUUUUUCCUCCCAUUUUCUUCUGUCUGGUAAAAUGUCUUUUUUAUUUAAUUGAUCAUUUUCACAUUAACGUUUAAUAGCUUUGCAGAACUGCACUCUUAGUUGAAAAUAUAUGAUGGGUAUGGGUGAAGUGUAUUGUCAUGUGAGGCAAGCCACCAGCACUGGCACUCAUUCAUGACCAGUUGAUCAGGAUGCCAGGACUUGUGUGCAAUGUUCAGUGGAUCUUUCACAAGAGUAUUCCAUCCUGAUGAACAGAACUAGACUUGACAUGCUGCCUACACUGGAAAUGCUAUUACUAACAAAACAUUAUUUCCUAAUUAUACUGCUUUUUUAAUUCAAAGAGGAUUUAUUUGAAUCAAAUAAUAAACAUGGUAAUUACAGGUGGUUUUAAUUGUUCCAGUCCAGAAUGGGUAGAGUGUCAGAAAUCACAAUCUCUUUUCAGACCAUCAACAAAACUUGAUGUUCAACACUCUGUAUAACUUGAUCAAAUAAGAAAUGUCAGAAACACAUUUUGGAACUACAAUUUUUUCUUAUUUAUUUUGUCCAAAUGUUACAAUAGCUCUGAAAUAGAAAAGCAUUGGACAUGAUUGUAUUGUUGUUAUAUUUUGGGAGAAGUGAACAGAGUGUAUGACAAUGCUAUAUAUUUUUCUUGUUGGUCAUAUUGUGCAUUUUAGCAUAUUCUGUGAUAUGUUACUUCCUAUAAUAAAAUGAGUAAUUAUAAUUAUGGACAAUAUUGCCAUAAAAUCACUCAGUUGAGACACAGCAUAAAUGUAUUUUUUUAAAUUGAAGAUUGAAAUGUUCCAAGUUGAUUCUAAAAGUGUAUUUCCAAAUGCAUUAUGUAAUGAUGGUGAUUAUUUUGCUAUUGAAUUACAUCAUGGAAUGUUGUACUGUAAUUUAUCCUCUUAAGAACAAUGAA